CCGUAGCAGCAGCAGCAGAAGCAGCAGCAGCACCAGAAGGAGCAGCAGACUCAGCAGCAGCAGCAGCAGCAGUAGCAGCCGCAGCAGCAGCAGCUGAAGGAGCAGCAGCAGCAGCAGCAGCGACAGCGGCAGCAGCAGCAGUGGCAGCAGCAGCAGCGGCAGCAGCAGCAACAGCAACAGCAGCAGCAGCAGCAGCAAAAGGAGCAGCAGCAGCAGCAGCAAGCAGCAGCAGCAGCAGCAGUAUCUACAGCCAUCCCCAUCCUCCCCUCCUCUUUGAGCCGCCGCGGUGGGAAGACGUGGUGAAGGAGUUUCGGGGGAGGAAGAGGAAGCCUUUCUCAACACGGAUCCGCCCCCGCUGCCGUGUGAAGAACGUGAAGGGAAAGGAGAAGGUUGUGGAGGAGGAGGAGGAGGAGGAGGAGGAGGAGGAGGAGGAGGAGGAGGAGGAGGAGGAGGAGGAGGAGGAGGAGGAGGAGGAGGAGGAGGAGGAGGAGGAGGAGGAGGAGGAGGAGGAGGAGGAGGAGUCAGAGGGGGACGAGGGGGAGGUGGGGGAGGAGGGGGAGGAGGGGGAGGGGGUGGAGGAGGGGGAGGAAGAGGGUGGUGAGGAGAUGGAAGAGGACGAGGAUGAAGGCCUGGCAGAAGGGGAGCAGUGCAGCAGCGGUGGUGGUGACUGGGAGGAUGAGUGAGUGAGCACCAGCAACAGCACCUG